AUGCUUCCAUUUGUUCACUUGCUUCCUGCUACCACACCCAACGGGGGCUUCUUGCCCCACUGGCUCCUUUUCAUCUCGGUGGUUUCGGUUUUCAAUUCCUUGCAGACAUAUUUGGUCAAAGACCUUAGUCUUACCAGAAAAGUAUACUCGGCUGCUCCUCAAUCUGAGAUCACCAACUUGAGUGCCCGUACGUUUGGAACCUGGACGCUUUUGACGUCAAUUGUCAGAUUCUAUGGUGCAUACAACUUGGUGGGAAACUCCACCAUGUAUGACCUCUGUAUUUGGACGUUUGUUGUUGCUGCUGUUCACUUCAACACCGAGUGGUUGUGGUUCAAGAACUGCAAGCUCGACAAGGGAUUGGCCGGUCCUUUGGUUGUUUCCACUGUGAGUUUGAUCUGGAUGUUCAAGCAGAAAUCGUUUUAUGUUGGAGCUUAA